ACUGUCGAGUUAGCUAACAUGGUGUGCUAGCGUUUAAUAUUUCACCCGCUAAACGUUUCCAGUCGUUGCUGUAUAAAUCAUUGCUGUUAAUAAUCCAAAAAGAUAUCAGAUGAUGUCCUAAAAUCUUUUUCGGGGCUUUACAAGACAGCAUCGAGUUACUGUCGUAAAGUUAGUGGUCCAGCUAAUUUCAGUUAGCUAACUUUCAGACGACUAAAGUCUGCUUCUUCUGCAAAGACGCAGCUUUAUUCUGGCUGCUUUAUUUUGUAUGCUAAGAGCUCACCGCGCUCUGUGCUAAAAUGGUGCUUUCCUUGGUGAGCCUUUGCGCCAAGGAGGUGGUGAGUGACCACAGCUCGUCACCCUGCUGGCUGAGGUGGGUGCCCAGGGAGCUGUACAGACCGUUGCUGGAGGCCGCAUUUAGCAGCUACAGACCGCUGGCCGUGGGCGAACUGGUGCAGAGAUGGCCCGAACGCACCCUCCGUGUCGGCGGACGGAGGAAAAAGGGACAAACUUCGCCAAAUCGACUCUGCAUUCAGGCUCUGUUACUCGCAGUUGUCAGAGGACUGUCAGACCAAAGGUGUGCCUUGCAAGUACUGGACCUCUGUGGACUGCAGGGAGAUGAAGGAGGGCUGGGAGACCCCAUGGGAGGCUGGUCCCUGACUGUAGCCCUUUGCACCAUGGUUGUUCAGGCCAGAGCUGCAGCUCAGAGGGCACAGAGGAGAGAAGGAGAGCGAGAGAGAAAAAGGUUCUCAGCUCUGGAGAGAGAAAAGGAUGUGAAAAGAGAGAGGGGACAGUGGAAGAGGGGAAAGGAACCAUAUGGGGAUGAGGGAAGCACAGACAGAGUGGUGGAAGACAGAGAGAGGAUGGGAUCAUAUGGGGUUCUGGGUGAACAGGAGCUGAUUAAAGGUGUCAGGAGGAGGAUGGAGAUGGAGAGGAAAAGAGAGACUGCAGUGACAGGUUCAGGAGGCAGCAGAAAGGAGACAGAAGAAAAAGAUGUAAAUAGUGAUGUGUUGGUGCAUGUGAGAGCUGAUCUUUUUGUAAAUGCUCGCUCUUCAGAGCGUGUUCGUGUGGCCUUGAGCACAUUGGGACCCCUCAAGCUUCAGUGCAGAUACCUGCGCAUGGAAGAGAUUUCGGUGUCUAGUAUCAGGACCCUGCUAGACCUCCUGCCUUGCCGGGGUCUUCUGGGCAUUGAUAUUCGCUACAGCAGCCUUGGGGUGGCUGGUCUGGCUGAGCUGCUGCCUCUGCUCUCCACCUUCCCUGCACUGAACUCUCUUCGCCUGCACUACUGUAACUUGGAUUUUCGCAGAGACCACCCUGGCCAGGAAGAGGCCCUGCAGGACUUGUCUCUGGGUCUGUCAAACCUACAAGAGCUGCGACGCCUCAGCCUCACUGCACUGCGCCUGCCCGGACAGCUUCGUGUGCUGCUGAGCUCACUGCCUCAGCCUCUGCAGAUACUGGAGCUGCCAUAUUUGAGCCUGAGCCCAUCUGACCUCGCUUAUCUGUCCUGCAGCCAUCAUGCUGCCACACUGCAGCAGCUGGAUUUAAGUGAGAACCAUCUGGAUGAAAACACCCUGCCCUCCAUCCGCCGCCUUCUCUCCCAGGCUUCCAGUACCCUGCAGCAUCUCUCUUUAAGUGGCUGUGGUCUGACCGAUGGCCUCCUGGGACUCUUGUUGCCCUCACUGGGAGGCUGCUGGGCCCUCAAGAGCUUGGCUUUGGCCCUGAACCCACUCUCCAUGGCCGGUCUCAUGGACCUGGUGAGGAUGGCUGUGAGAAUGCCCUCCCUCCGUCAUUUGCUGUACCCCAACCCACUGGAGGACUACCAGCCGGGCCUUCCUGACCUGCCCUCCAGCGCUCAGCUCUUAGACUGGCCGCUGGACGAAGCCACAGAUCUCAACAUGACUAGCAGCCAGCUCAACAGAGUGCUGAUAGAAAGCGGACGGUCUAACCUCUUUCUGACAUGUGACCUGCUCAAUUAUGAUAAAGACUUGGUGGACUAGAGCAGAGGUGAAGGGAAGGACACAGGUGCUUUUUAGUUUGCUCACCGACACAUACCAGAGCAAUGUAGACACACCUGACAAUCCAUUUGUCACCCUAACGAUGGGCUAGUUUUCAGUUAUUCUUUAUCCUUUUAUCAUCAUCUGUCUCAUGUUAAGGCUGAAGUAUUCAUUAAUGCUUUAUAUAGACACUCAGUACAAUGCAGACCUCCAUCAAGGCACAACAAUCUCCUUUUUAUGAAUCUCCUUUAAGAAUUGUUACAGUAGUUACAUGACGGUAGUCGGACCUAAGCGUGAUGGUGGGGUUAGAAAGAAUUCAUCGUGUUACCAAAGCAACAGGUUUGUUAUUGUUGGGAGCAUAGAUGUGAUUAUCAGAUGGAUCCGAAGAUGACACUUAUAUGGAGGAGACAGUAAUAAGCCAUGCUUCAAUGAAAUGGUGCUUUACUACUUUAAUAAGUUCACUUGUUGACUGUAUGAAUUAAAUUGUUGUCACUGCUGGUUUUAUACCAAACACAAGUGCUUUGUAAAAAAUAAACAUC